AGAGGCGGGGCGAAUUUUUCUUCGUCCGCAGUGACCUCUGUCCCUUUAAAUCGUUUAAUUCAUUUGCCGACGAUUAUUGUCUCGCAUUGAUAGCGGCGUUGAUGCGGACUCUGCUGUCUCGGAUCGUUGCAGCACUUGUUUUCUAAAAAAUAAAAAUGGCUUUAUUGACACCUCUCUUCGCGUUUCUGUAUCAUUUGCCGCAGGUUUACAAAUGGCUCCUAAAGCCAUACUACAUCGCCUCGUUAUUUAUGUCUGUCGCGUUCCUGCUGGUCCGCAAGACGCCUGGCAUCUGCGAGCAUCUUUCGACGCAGCGCGAGGAUGGAAAUUCAUGCGAUUUCGACUGGAGAGAGGUGGAGAUACUGAUGUUUUUAAGUGCUAUAGUCAUGAUGAAGAACAGAAGAGCAAUUACCAUCGAGCAGCACUUGGGCAACAUCAUCCUCUUUAGUAAAGUGGCCAAUGUGAUCCUGUUCUUCAGACUGGACAUACGCUUGGGGCUUCUCUACUUGACUUUGUGUAUUGUUUUCCUGAUGAUCUGCAAACCUCCGAUUUACAUGGGCCCUGAAUACAUCAAGUACUUCAGUGAUAAAACCAUUGAUGAUGAGUUGGAGAAGGAUAACCGAGUGACCUGGAUCGUGGAGUUUUUUGCUAACUGGUCACCAGAGUGUCAGUCUUUCGCCUCAGUCUAUGCAGAUCUGUCCUUGAAGUACAACUGUGCAGGGCUGAAAUUUGGCAAAGUGGACAUUGGUCGUUACAGUGAAGUAGCCAAAAAAUACAGGGUCAGCACCUCUCCUCUCUCAAAGCAGCUGCCCUCUCUAGUGCUCUUCCAGGGAGGAAAGGAAAUUAUGAGGCGCCCUCAAGUGGACAAAAAGGGACGGGCAGUAUCUUGGACCUUCACAGAGGAAAACAUCAUCCGAGAGUUUAACCUCAAUGAGUUGUAUCAGAAGUCAAAGAAGCUUGGGAAGGUCAAAGGAGAGAAGUUCGAGAGGCCCAGCGAAUCUGUGUUUCCCCCUGUGCCUGAAGAGGAAGAACCGGAGGCCGAGACCAUCACCGCGAUGGACACAGAGAGCAAGAAGGACAAAUAGAAAGUGCAUGCUGCUGAAGAGCACUGUGAAUCACUUUGGGACUGGAACAAAAUGAUCUAAUGUUCAGUAUGCAGGGAAAGAGUUAUAAACAGGAUGAUUGUGUUAUCGUUUCUUUUUUGUAUAACGUAUUAAAUGCAAAAUCAGUCCAAUAAUAUAGUAAAUCCUUAUAUUAAUAUGUAUUUAAAUGUCGUAAUCAUUGAUAUGCUGGACAUAGACGUCCAAACAGCUGUUAUUUGGGACAUUAUUCAGUUUAAUUUAAUCAAGUUAAACCAUUAAACAUUGGACAUCUACCUCUAAUAUUGUUGAUAAUUGUGAAGUGAUCAUUCGUAAGGGGUUAUUUUGAUGCAUAUGCAUCACAUUGGGGAGCAAACUUUAUAGAAGUUGUUUUUCUGUUGAAUUGUCACUUGUAUUGAGUUUUUUACUACUUUUCUGAGAUGGAGCUUGUUUGUGUGAUGGUACUGACUUCUAGACUGAAUUCGGUGGUCCAGAAAGAGAGGGUCUUUAAUGCCAACGGUUUAUAUUUUGAACAUUUACUAAAUCUGUAAGAGCAAGAUCUCAAGAUAAUAUUCUGUAAAAUUUAGUUGUUACUCAGUUACACAUUUAAUUUCAGAGAGAACAUACUGCUAUAAAAGUCUUGAAUGUUUUGUAUAUUAGGUUAUUAUUUGAAUUUUCUUUGUGCUGAAUGAGUUUAACAUUUUUAUUUUAAACUGACAGGCACGGAAGAAAGCUGCAGGCAGUCUUCACAUUUAGACCGUUUCCAGUCCUUUUACUUUCACUGUUGGAAGCUUUUAUUGUCAGUUUGGUUCUGUGGAAUCUUCUCAUCAAUUCCCCAACAAAAACUACUAUUGUUUUGUUUUAGUUCCCUAUUGAGUAAACCAGACUUGAUUUUCCACUAAUUUUUUAUGAAUUGAUGACUAAAAUGCAUUGAGUGGUUGUGAAAGGAUGUUUCAAUAAAACUCUUUGUUCUUCA